AUGGGUGGUCACGUCGAGGCGCACUCGCUGGCUACUCUAAACGCCCUCGCGAGCAACCCACCUCAAUAUCCUACGAAGCCAUCGGAACAAAGAAGGGAGCCGCUUACUUUGUACAUUUCGAGAGUCCCCGGCACACGAGACAUCAUCCUGUCACCUUUCAAGCCUCAAAUAAAAAAUGUGACGGCAGAAGAUGUUGCAAGUUCGCUGUACUAUGUCCACUUCAACACCGCGGAGGACGAUCUUAUGACCUCUAAACUGCAAACAAGCAAUCCGUCUCCUAGGACGAGUCAGGAGAGCUCGAGAAGCGGCCCCCAGAUCCAAAGGAAACCAGUGCCGCCGCCGGCAAGGAAAAGCGAUGUUGUGGACCCUGCGUUGACGGAGUCACAUCCUGCAUUCCGAACGGGAACUCCCGUACCACCGUAUGGGGCAGAUAAUCAGGAUGCUGGUCCUUGGCUACAGCCAUCAGCACAAUUAAUGACUUCAUCUCAUGAUGGGAGUGCCGUGCCCUCGGAACGGAAGCCGCCACCGCCUGUUCACAGAAAGCCAUUGGGGCCUCGAGUCUUGACCUCGGAGAACCUGAACAAAAUGCUACCUGAACCCCCAGUUCAACCACCAACCUACAGCGAAACCCCCCGCUCCCCUGUUGCUCCAGAUCUUCCUCCGAAACCCAGUCAAAAUCAUUAUCAUCAUCCUCCUCUUCUUUCAAACCCUUCCGCACCCUUGACCGUUCCUCUUUUACCAAACAGCCGCCCUCCUUCGCCCUUUGCUCCAUCCUCUAUAUCACCCAAUCGCUCGCCGUCAUCCUCGCCCAAGCAACGCCAGAGGUUCACGCCAUACUCCUUAACUCUGAUCCGGCGGGACCCAAGCUCCGGCCAGCAAUGGAAUGUGGGCAGGGUUUCGUCCUUCCAGCUCGAACACCCGGAAUUACUACUGCCAGACGAGAAACACAUACCAUCACCCUCGAUAAAUAUUUCACUUGAAACUUCUGGCUACUCCAAAUUUCGAAACAUGCCGUCGGUCGGGCGCGGGGCCAUCGAUAUCAGGGAAAUCAGAGAGAGCCUCGAUAUGAUUCGCCCCGGCGGCGCAUCUGCGGCAGUGGCUACAUCAGUAAAUCAGUCACCCAAUCGACAACACACCAGACCGGAACCAAACCACAGUUCGUUUGUCACAAACGGAGCUGCUUUCGAUCGUCAGGUCAAGAUGACGUACGCACCGUCGUUUGCGGCAACCUUGAAGCACGCGUUUCGUCGCGAACCGAAGCACCACAGCUCUCUUAGUGCGUCAGACGACCUACCAGUCUCGCCGCGACUUUCCCAGCCAAGUCACUCGAGAUCAGGUAGUGCUGUCAGCGCCUUGUCCUCGGGAGGAGAAUUCGAUCCUUUCGACGUUGUUGAAGCGCCUGUCAUUACAACGCCUGCUCCGGGUCUCAAACCUCAAGGCUACAUGUUCGCCAGCCCGUGGGAUGGCCGCUGCGAGUUCAGGACCGGGAAUGGGGGCCGGAGUUUGAGGUGUCGGCAUAUCCUGCCCAGCUUCGGCACAGGGGGUGGGAUGUGGAAUCCGCUGGUGGGCGGUGGUGAUGCGAACGGAGAACGCCCCGAAACGCCGCAGAAAGAAUCCAAGGUUAAAGGCCACGAUAUCUCCGAGCUGCGUUUCAACCUCCCUUCGAACGAAAUAUUCGCCAAUGAGAAGACAAAGCUGCCCAAUGAGGGAAGAGAACGAGCCAGGGAUAGAAUUUUCAACAGCAUGAUCAAUAAGACUGAGGAUGAUGUGGACGAUGAUGAGUAUUAUAGCUAUGGCUAUGACCUCAGCCUAGGAAAGGAAAAGGCCGGUGGUGGGAACAGGGGUAAGAGAGCCAAGAUGGGCAAGCUGAUCAUCUGGGAUGACGGGCUCAAGAUGCUGGACUUGGUCGUUGCAGCGAACGUCGGAGUGUGGUGGGGUGUAUGGGAGCGACGAGGAGAAUAG